AUGGCGACAAUGAUGAUGGGCGAUGUGCCAGCAAGCAUCAGGCGGAAGCUAGAAAAGGCGGCAAAGCGCAACGCGAGCGCGCAAGGUGCCAUGUCCUAUCCUACGCCGCAGCCGUCUUCAUCUGCAGGGCCGUCCUCAUCUCCAGCCAAGCCCGAGCAGAUGAGAGCAGCAGCACAAGCUUCCGAUGUCUCUUCGUCGCCCAUCAGGAUCAAGACGAGGAACACGUCCAUCAGUAGCUUGUCGAGUGUCUCUCGCAACGCUUCUUCGCUCGAUGCGCUCGUCGUCGUGCUGCACGACUCUCAGCAAGCUAUCAUGUUCGGUCGCAAAGCACCCGACCAGCUGCCCGUGGCAACGCAGUUCGUAACGCUGCCCAAGUCCGCUAAGCACGCCUCUCGCACCCACGCAACGCUGUCGCGCCAAGAGACCGAUCAGAUCAAGCUAGAGGUCCAAGGCUCCAAUGGCCUCGUGUACGAGUCGGAACGCUUGCGUCAGGGCGACGUGCGCAUGCUCACCUGCAAAGCCAAUACGAGCGCCCAACUUGACUUCUUCGGCUGCAGGGCGACCGUGCACCUCGCGCCGAGCUCCUCAGGACCUCUCACUCCCACAACAGAGAUCGAUGCUCAGCUCACUCUAGCUGAUGUAACGCCGCAAUCGCAUGCAAGCUCGUCGACUGCUCAAAUUGUCACGCCGGUCAAGGAGGCGCCUCAAGCCGCACUGUUGCUGGCAACCAUGAGCUCCUCGCCAUGCGUACCUCUGACAGCCAAACCUGUCGAGGCCGUCGUCAGAGCGCCAAUAUUGCCAGGCAUCAGCGUCAAAGUCCAGACAACGACUCGACGCGUUCCUAUCGUCACUGCCGUGCGUCCGCCUGUACCUGUACUUCCCGUCGUUCGAACAGUAUCCCGCCCUUCCGUCAGCAACAGGGUCCACAAACUGUCAGCACCUCGAGACGUCGUGACUGCCAAAGCGGUGAAGCGAGCACGUGUCGAGCCUGCUGUUUCGUCAAAAAGUAGCGCAGACGUUCCGUCAUCUGAGCUCUCGAGCCCUCGCAGCGUCGCGGCUUCCUCCUCUCUUGGCAGAGAGCAGGAGCUUUCCGCUCCAUCGGACAGCAGCGAAGAAUCGUCACAAGAAGACGCGGACGCCAGCUCGGCAGAAGAAGAAGCCAACAUGGAUGAAGAUGAGCCAGAUGAGUCUGCCCUAUCGAUCGAUGCGCCCGCGAAAGACGUACCGAAGAGCAAAGCUGAGAGAGAUCUGGCAAGCAUGGACAUUGACAUGACCGGUCUUAUUGCCAGCUCGCUUGUUUUCUCUGGUCGCGCCACCGUCUUCACAAGCGCAAUCGUCAAGAUGCUCCUCGAAGAUCAGCCUCAGCUCGUUGCGGCAGCUACAGACAUAUCGGAAGCUGAUACGUCUCGCACGCCCCUGAGAGAACUGUCGAGCAAUGCAGAAGCGGCACGACAGGAGGCUGACGUGACGCUGCAAGAGACCGCAAUGGCCGCCUGGACACCCCUCGUCCUGGCCGCUCUCGAGCACGGUCCAUUCGGCUGCAUCGACAACAAGGGUCUCAAAGACGCAAGCGGCAGACCGCUCGAAGCGCUCUGGCAUUAUCUUCCGUCGCGCGAUCAGGACAGAGAACGAAGAGCGAGCCUCGAGCCUUUCGUCAAACCGCUCAGACAGAGUCAGAUGCGUUCGCAUCAGUAUGUAUGGAAAAAGCCGAGCCUGAGGAGACGAAGAUGA